AUGGAGACUUUGCUGGCGCAUUCGUUUGACUAUCUCUCCUCGUACGAGCCCAGCAAGAUCCGAAAGGGCCUGCGUCAGGUCGAGGGUCUUCUCGCACAAAUAUGUCUAUCCAAACCAAAGCCCGUGUCUGACCGGCGAAGAUCUCGUUUGGCCGAUACUCCCCAACCAGUGCCCAAGGCACUCUCCGAGCUACGCGAUGACCCGGCUUUUCGCGAAUUUUCAAAACUACAGGAAGGCUUCCAGUGGAACAUCGCCAUGCGCCUAGUCUCCUGUCUCGAACACCUCCUGGGCCGAGGAAGCAACGGCACAAACGAUAUGCUCAUCGUCUGCACACUAGACCUGAUCCAAGGCUCGCUCCUCCUACACCCAGGCUCGCGCUCCCUCUUCGCCCGUGAGAUCUACAUGAACCUUCUCCUCGACCUCCUCGACCCAAUCAACUGCCCAGCCGUCCAAUCCGCAACCCUCCUAACCCUCGUCACAGCCCUGCUCGACUGUCCCGCCAACACCCGCACCUUCGAGGACCUGGACGGCCUGUUAACGGUGACAUCGCUCUUCAAGCAGCGCGCCACCUCCCGCGAGGUCAAGCUCAAGCUCGUCGAAUUCCUCUACUUCUACCUCAUGCCUGAAACCCCUACCCACGCGCCUAUCUCGCCUCCGCCGGGGCUGCAGCGCAGCCCGAGUAAAUUGUCGAAUGCGCCGUUUGCGCGCAGUGCGCAUAGUGCUGCACACGUCAAGAUGAAUCGGGAUACGCGGACGACCGAUGAGAAGCAGGCUCUCCUCGGGAGGUAUUUGAACAAUGUUGAGGAUUUGGUGGAGGAUUUGAAGGAGACGGCGCCGUUCGGUGCGACUGUUUAUUGA